AUGGAUCCGCUCACUGCCGUCGGACUUGUCUUGAGCGUCAUCACAUUCAUCGACUUUGGAUAUAAAGCUGUCUCAGCUGCCAAAGAAGUUCAUGCGUCGGCUUCUGGGACAACUGCAGCCAAUGAUCACAUCAAGUUCCUCAACAUACGCAUGGAAGCUCUGGCGACAGACUUGGCAGCCGCGAAGUCGUAUCCAGGAGGCAUGUCGGCAGACAAACUGCGGCUGGUCGAGCUCGCUGACAAGUGCCUGGGACUCUCGGGUGACCUGAAGAAGCUCAUUGACAAGUUGAAAACUUGGAAGCCAGACUGGACCAAUGCCGCCAGCAGCUACACUUACAGCUCUCCCACUCAACGAGGCAUGAAGUCACACUCUAAGCUUCAAGAUGAGGCACGCAUCGUUCUCGAGCUGUCUGAUAUGGCUGUCUCCAAAGUCUUGCAGAACAGGAUACUGGAAGCUCUACGAUUCGAGAAGAUGGAGAGCCGUUUCUACGAUAUUACAGAGGCCCAUGUGAGAACCUUCAAAUGGCUACUGGAAGAGGGGAUGCCGAGCUCUUUGACAACACCGACUGUGGAUAUGCAAGAUCUUGAGUCUACUAGCAUGCUUGGCUAUUUCAAGGCAGAUGAUCUCUCUCGACGGUGCAUACAGAAAAGCUUCACCGGCUGGUUGUCAGACGGGAAGGGGAUCUUCCACAUCUCCGGAAAGCCAGGCGCAGGCAAAUCAACUUUGAUGAAGUUUCUCGUAGAGAGUGACGAGGUUAGAAAGUAUUUGAAUAUCUGGUUAGGUGAAAAGGAGCUCAUUUUUGCUUCAUUUUUCUUUUGGAGACAUGGGACGGAAUUUCAAAAGUCUCUUUAG